AUGAAUCCCGUGCAGGGGUCGCCGUCCCAGGACGCCAAACAGCUUCAUCAGAAAGAAGAAAUGGAUACCGAGGGCGAGGAUCUGCAGCCGAAAGACAUGACCACGGAGAAAGGAUACAAAAUGCAGCGGAUCAGCCUCCCGUUUAGCGUCGAGUCGCUGAUUUCCAAGAAGACCACCACUUGUCGGACUUCUUAUUCCGUCGCAGAUCUCGCGGCGGCGCCGCCGAAACCUGCGGCGGGGCAGCAAGGCGUGCCGUUCUCUCCAAGGACUCUUUACGCAGAGAGCAAGGUUUCCGCGGAGAGCUCGCAGGGUGUUUCCAGUAGUUCCAGCGAGGACAGCCCGCAGUUUAGUGAGAAAGAUCAGAGCACUUGGUACCAGACGUCCUCCUUUUCCACCCCGCCUCGGAGCUCAAGUCCAAGUCAGUGUACUUUAAGGAAACACAAAAACAACAGGAAACCUCGCACGCCCUUCACUACCUCCCAGCUGCUGGCGCUGGAGCGCAAGUUCCGCCAGAAGCAGUACCUCUCCAUCGCCGAGAGAGCCGAGUUCUCCAACUCGCUCAACCUGACGGAGACUCAGGUCAAAAUAUGGUUCCAGAACAGGAGGGCCAAAGCCAAGAGACUGCAGGAGGCCGAGCUGGAAAAGUAUAAACUGGCCUCCAAGCCCAUGCUGCCCGCCUUCGCGCUGCCGCUCCCCCUCGGAGCGCACAUGGGCUCUCCGGCUUGGGGCCCGUCAAACGCCUUCCCGAGGCCCAGUCUGCCGGUCCCAGGACUGUUCAGCGGACCCGUCACUUAUGGGAUGUACUAUUUGUCUUAGUAGUGCUGUGUGUCUGUGUGCGUGUGUGUGGUUUUAAAAAGAAAGAAGAAUGUCUUCUUCCAUGGUGGCAAAACACUUAGAAACGAGGACGAUGCGUUUCCUUCACAUCGGACACCGUUUUAUAAUUCGGAGUGUAGAGAAUUUUUUUCUGACCUCCAGAAUAACAAAACAAACAAUUAAUUUAGCGACACAUAUUGAUGCGUAAUUGUGUGCGUAAUCGGACUGAGCGAGUUCCCUUGCUCUCCUCAUUGUAAGACAGUCCUGCAGGUAGUGGAUCCACGGGCCUAAAUGAUAUACUACAAGAUUAAAUGUCAGGUUUUUUAAACAACAUGCCUUAAAUAUCUCACUCCAGUGCUUCCACGGGGCUCCGCAAUUUGUGAAAGUGGACAUUCAAAGUGUAUCCAGACAUGAAGGCGAGGAUCUGCUGAAGCGGAGGUUUGAAAGCAACAGAAAAGUACUUAAAUGAUGUCAGUGCCUUAAGACCAGUGUAUCACUUGAAGUAUUUCUCCUCAUUAAGCAUCGACUGUUUCUGGUAAAAACUGCUGUUUGAAUGUUGGUAUUUCCUUACAACAUCGCUAAAUUUCUAAAUUUUGUAUGGAGCAAAACAUAUAUUUUAGAAAAACACGUGUAUUAGAUUUUUUUUAACUCUCAAACCGUGGCCUUUAUGGGAGUGAUAAUAGCUUUUCUUUUGAGGAAUUUUGCUGUAAAUGUAAAUAAAAUGUGUAGUGUUCAUAAAAGCCUGCAGCCUCGCUCGAAGAGCUGCGGGAAAUGUGGUAUUUAUUGAAUAUCUUUGUAUCUGUACUGUGUACAUCACUCUAUCCAAAUGUUCAGUUACUUGUAAAAACUGAUUUUAGUAAAUAAACAUUAUACAAGACCUCGAA